AGAGCGGUUCGGAACUUGGAUUGAAAUUUGUGUAAAACUGAAACAGCUGAGUUUCACACAGCAACAACUGAAACAGCUGAUCACUGCGUUCAUCCGAAUGAGAUAUAAACCGGUGGGAGGUAGCUAGUCAUACCACGACAAAAACAAUUUAGAAGCAUUUUGUCUUAGCUAUUUUGUGCAUCAUCGGCUGUGUAACACGCAACCAAGCUGUUUUAACUAUUUAAAGAUGAACUUCAGCAACGUCGCCCGUCUGGCCAGCCGUAGCAGCCAAGAAAAUGUUCUGGCCUCUAAUAGGAUGGAUUCAUCCCGGAUGGACAGGGCUAAACAGAGGACUAUACUCGGAGUCUUAACAGAAAACGAACAGCACAGUCGAUCUUUUGGUCAGGGACUUUUUUCCAAACGUGGCUCUAUUUUGGACAACUCCCACACCAAUCUCCUGGGUUGUCCCUCAAGCUCUAGUGCUGACAUCUGUGUGGAUGAGCCAUGUGAGGUCGUCAUCCCAGCCUCUGGCGAACUAGUGGCUGCAGAGGUGGUGGAUGAGGAAACUGCUGCCAUGCAACAUAAAGAUUUCCGUCUCUUCCUGGACCUGAGCUCAGGUUCAUGCAUGGACACUUCUAUGCAGUCGCUCCCAGAUAACGAGGCUCUCACCACUCAGAAUGCCAUGUGUCUGGCAGAAUAUUCUGAGGACAUCCACAAACACUUACGCAAGAGUGAAAUAAAGUGCCAUCCGAAGUCUGGCUACAUGCGGAAGCAGCCGGAUAUCACCAACUGCAUGCGUGUCAUUCUGGUGGACUGGCUGGUGGAGGUCGGCCAGGAGUACAAGCUGUGUGGGGAGACUAUCUACCUGGCUGUCAACUACAUGGACCGCUUCCUCUCCUGCAUGUCUGUACUCCGGGGCAAGCUGCAGCUGGUGGGCACCGCUGCACUUCUGCUGGCUGCUAAAUAUGAGGAGAUCUACCCUCCGGAGGUGGAUGACUUUGUGUACAUCACAGAUGACACUUACACCAAGAAGCAGCUGCUUCGUAUGGAACACUUCCUGCUGAAGGUGUUGGCCUUCGACAUGACCGUCCCAACCACACACCAGUUCCUCCGCCAUUUCCUCACCGUCCAGGCAGUCUGCUUCAAGACUGAGAGCCUCGCCCUGGAGUGUUUUGCUGCAGUAACGUCACUCUACUCUCAGUAUGUGGCAGAGCUAAGCAUGUUGGAAGUGGAUCCAUUCCUGCACUACUUCCCCUCUGUGGUGGCGGCUGCUGCUUUCUGUCUGGCCAACUACACCCUCAACAGGUCCCUCUGGCCUGACACCCUGUACACCUUCACUGGCUACACCCUGGCAGAGAUUGCACCCUGCCUCAAGGACCUCCACAAGCUGUACCUCAGCGCCUACAGUCGCCCCCAACAGGCCAUCAGGGAGAAGUACAAGGGCUCAAAGUUUGGUAACGUGUCUAUGCUAAGUCCUCCUGAGGAUCUGCCUUUUUUACUGAAGUUGCUGGGAAAUGACUAACAACACAGCUCUUAGCUCCCUCUGUAGAUGCCUACUGGACAACUUAUUUGUAUUGCUCUUAAAUCUUUUUAAUGAAUUUUAAUCUUAUUAACACUUUGUUCUAGCUAGCUAUUUGUGUAGGUAGCUAUCAAGUAAACACAAUGAUAUAGUAACUUGUUGACUUAACUCUAGAAUGCCUACUUCAAGUGUUUUAGUACUAGUCUGUAAGCUCAGGACUUAACCCAUGUCUGUACAAGCCUUUUUUAUUUUUUUAAACGGCUGGUUGAAUCUGUUUUUACUGUACCAAGUCAUUUUUGCUUUUGGUCACUGCCACACAAUCAUGGACCUCAGGCUGCAUCUUGUAUGUUGCAUCAUGUGAUUAAAGGAAACAAGUUGCCUAUAGUUUGUCCUCGGCAUUGCUUUACUCCUCUUCUCAAUCCUCAGCCUUGACCCGGAGCGUUCAGGCAUUUAUUUUUGCCAUGCUUUUCUAUCACUUGUCAUGGCGGUGGACUCCUUCCACUGCUCUGGGGAUUUGGUUUUAUUACAUUUUGCUACAUUCAUAAUUGGUAAGAGAGAAUAAAGUGAACUGUCCUGUUGCAAUA